AUGGAGGAACUGCCAAAGAAGACGCAGGUCCUUGGGGAACCUGAAGGCGGCAGUCAACACAAGCGCUCCGUUUCGGACACGCAGCGGUCAUUUACCAUUGCGUUUACCAGUGAUGGCAAAGUGGGAUUCAAGGAGCUAUGCGAUCCUCCGAGCAGCGACGAUUCAGGAAUCACGAACAGCGGCCUGUCGCUGCCCCAGACGCCCACCUCGCCCACAGACCCCAACAGGGCGAACCUGACGCCGUUCCUGAACCGCAAGAACAACGCUCUGCUCAAACUCCAGCGCCAGCGAUCUAUGCAGCGCCUUGGGGUCGACCCUCGUACCAUCAGUCCAUCGGCGUUUCAGCAAAUGGAUAAUUUCUCCAUCUGCAGCGGGAUCGUGAACGGCUCGAUCCAUGCCUCAGUCGACAGCCAGCCAGUUAAGCCUCCUGCCUUUAUUGCCAUUCCCCCGUACGCUCCCACAAUGGCGCAGGAGGACCGGUUGGCCAGGGAGACCUCCGUCGCGUCGCUGUCUGUCGAGGAGGACGAUCCGCCAUCCACGACGAGGGAAGAAAAAAUCGCUUGGUUCUGGCUGGCCUUGAGUGAGAACGCCAGUGUCGCGUACGCCAUCUUCUUGGUGUCUCUUGGCAUCGUGAUAUACAUGGCCGACAUCUUCUGGGGCCCGAACUCCGUGGCCGCAGAAAGCUAUAACUUGUUCCUCACGGUGACACAAAUGUUCUGGCUCCUCACUAUCCACAUCGACACGAGAAUUUUCAUCCACAAAAUCUUUCGGAGAGUUCGAGAAGCGACAGCCCGACGCGAAGGCAGGGAAGAUACAGUGUACAUGGAAUCGGUUGAUGAUGGACAGUUUCAGCUGAAGUUCGGCAAAGAGGACGAGGAACCGAUUCCUCUCAUGUACGGGUUUACCAGCGAAGGAUCAAUUUACAUCAAGAUUGGAGCCACAGUGUUUUGCUUCGGUCACAUGAUCCACACGGGCCUGACUUUCGGGCAGCAAGUGCUAUACUUCACCGAGGACGACCCCGAACUGGCUUCGUGCUCCAGCAUUGUCAGCAUCAUCAUAUCUUCACUGCAGCCGAUAUGUGCCUUUUACCAGCUCUUCUUUAUAUUUAAGUACGCCAAUCUGAUCAUCAACCAUAGGCACAUCUGGGCAAGGUUCGGCAUCAUGCAUUCCAUCGGUACGUCCCUCUGUUACUGGGUCUACACCAUCUUACAAGAAACCUUACAGGCGAUCUUUGCCAAAGAGGAAUACGAAGACCCUCCCAACGGCACUCAACACUACGCGGCCGCCUCGACCUGGGAGAUCAAGUACGGAUGCGAGAAGGACACGUACCUCUCCAGCAUGAUCAACAGCAUGGCGCCGUACCUCUAUCCCUUUAGCAUCGAGUUCUACAUUCUCUUGGUAGGGAUGUGGAUGUUCCUUAAGGAGAACCUCGGCAAGGUGGAGCUACACACGCACAUCCCUUCGAUUGAAGUCACUUACGAGGGAACCAACCAGAAAUCUCUGAUGUCUAACAUGGUCAUAGCGGUAGACUGCCAUGCCUCAAGUCGUGGCCUGUUCCUGGGCCUCUUGACAACGGCGGUAACUACCAUAUCCAUUAUACUGCUCUUCAUCUUGUCAGCCAGUGACGAGACCAGCGAAGCAGCUCUUAUCGUGAAUGGCGUGACUGAAGUGUCGAUCCUGACGCUAAUGAUCGGAUCAGCUGUCAUGGCGUACAGACUCUUGCGCAUGUUGGAUGUCAUUCAUCAUUUCGGAAGCAGCGUGGACGACAUCCUUCUCUACGUGACUUUGCCUUGCAUCUUCCUGUACGCCUUCCUGCGCAUUACGCCUGCGCUCCUCGUCGGAGACAUCCUCUUCGCCUCUGUCUCGAUACUACAAGUCAUCCAAGUCAUCAUACAGACGGCACUUAUCCACGACGGCCUCCGACGGCGGUCCAACUCCCCCAAUCUCAGACGAAGGAAACCGGGUCGGGAGAUCCUCACCUUCCUCGUCGUAACCAACGUGGCUCUCUGGCUCCUGCAGACGUUCGAGAUCAAGAGUUCAGAAAGUAACUCGGACCUUUACCAAUUUUACGGAAAGGAAUUAUGGACGCUGCUGGGACACCUGACGCUGCCCUUUGCUCUCUUCUACCGCUUCCACUCGUCGGUGUGCCUCGCUGACAUGUGGAAGGAAUGCUACGAACCCGACCAUUCUCAUUAAUCAAGGCAAUAUCAAAGUACAAUUGUUCGGUGGCCGCCCCACCUUCGAGGGUCGUGGAAAUCAGAACACUGAACUGCUUCCUUUACAAUAUUUACAUUAAGUUAUUUGAAGUUAGUUUAAUUUUUCUCUCUCAUUCUAAACGGAAAUUGUAAUACGAUAUCAUUGCAAAUUAGCAUGGCUAUGAUUUUGUUAAGUAGGGGGAACUAAGAACCGAACAGGAGGACGGGUUUUGUGGAGGACGUCUUUGAUGUACAAAAUGGAGCUGUACACUAGGGGUUUCCAACCCGGGACCGGAUUCAUUAAUAUACGAUCGUAACGCAUUUACCAGCGGUCAUUUACCAUUGCGUUUACCAGUGAUGGCAAAGCGGGAUUC